AUAGUGAAAGAUAAGAUUAUUUUUAACCCUUUAUUUUGGAGUUUCAACACUUUGUUUUGUCCUGAUUCAUUAGAAGUUCAUUAUUUAAAUGCUUAUUUUCAAACUACAGCGAUGCUUUUAGAAUUUAAUUUAAAAAAAUGCAGAAUGUACAUAAAUAACAUUCGCUAUCAACGUUUAAGCUGAAAUAAGAACAUUAAAUUUAAAAAAAAAUUGUAAUGUAAUUUUAACCGUGGUUGAAGGUUGAACUGAAAAAUAAAUAAGGAAAACUUGUGUGUGUCCAAGUGUAGUAAAGAAGUAAACAACAGAAGAAAAAAAUUUAUGAAUAUUGUAGUGAAAAAAACAAUGCGCAGGUCGAUUCAGAAAACCCUCAUAAAGAAGAUGGAACAGGGAAACUUUAAAUAGGCAGAGUUGUGACGUUACGAUAAAGAAAAUCCCAUUGCUGAGUUAUGGUUUCAAUAUUCAUUGUUUUUCUACUUCAUUAACAUUUUCUUUGCUAUUCCUGGGUAUUGAGUCAUAAUAAAUUGGUUCUAAAGAAAGUUUGUCUUUUAAUCAAAGAGUAAACAAACUGGCCUACAUUAAACGCAUAAUUAUUUUUAAUUUUAUUGUUAUUUUGAGUUACAUUGUUGAUUCCUUAAAAUUUGGUGAUAGUGUAUUCCACUUUUGUUGACCUAAAUGACCAAUACAGUAGACUCUCGUGCAUAGAAGUUUCUAAACUUUACAGCAAAAAUAAGUCAUCCAUCCGGAAAAUAUUAAAAAACAGUGUGAAUAUUCAUUUUUGUGAUUCAACAUUUCCUCAGAUUUCAAAAUCAGUUAUUUAAGUUUACGAUAGUGUUGUGAUUCGAUGUUGAGGAUAGGUGCCUACGUGGUGAUCUUAUACUUGAUGGCAUAACUUGAUCAACCUCUGAACUUUUGAGAAAAAUAAUAUAAUUUAAAAAAAUAUAAUAAAAAAAUAAACAUCAGCUUUCUAAGAGUAAUGGAUAAAUGGUAAAAAAUUGACUCAAAUGUUAUCAAAAACAUCAUGUGUCAUGAACGAAAGACUUGACAGGAAGCAGUACUGUUAGUACAUGUCAAAACAUUUCUGUUUGGGAAAGCACAAGAGUUGGCGGGACAAGUGUUGCAGUUAAUAGGAAUUUGUUAAAACUAUCUAAUUCAACUACGUGGAAUGGAUAGUUUUUAUUCAGGUUUUUAUUCAGAACAAGUUGGUUUGAAAUAGAAAAAAAUUAGUGAUGCAAUGGAAAAUGUAUUGCAGACUGGGCAAGUUAUUCCAAGUGCCAACGGACAGCAAAUAAUUGUGCACCAAGUACCUCAAAAUGGCCAGGCAAUACAGCUUGCUGCUCCUGGUCAGCUUCAGGUGCUACCUUUACCUGCAAUUCAGGGUGCUAAUGGACAAUUAAUUGUUCAGCCAGCUCAUGCUCAAAUCCUUCAAACACCGGAUGGUCAGACAUACAUUUAUCAACCUGUACAGCUUGAAAAUCCUACUAUUGCCACUACGACACAACCUACAUUAAUCAGCGUCCAUGGCAAUCUAGUUCAAUUAACCAACUCACCAGCUGCAACUGUUUCUACUGCUGCUGCAGCCCCAGCAGCUGCAGCUCCAUCGGUUAGCCCUGUUCAACCAGCUCAAGUGCCUAGCACAUCUUCAAGUACUUCAAGUUCACCCCAAAAUGUAUUAAUGAUGGUUGGUGACCGCAACGGAAGCACAUCACAAUUCAGACUUCCAGUGAGCACUGCUGAAUUGCUAGAAGAGGAGCCUUUGUACGUAAACGCAAAACAGUAUAAGCGUAUUUUGAAAAGAAGACAGGCUAGGGCUAAACUGGAAGCUCAAGGGCGAAUACCAAAGUUAAGACAGAAAUAUCUUCAUGAAUCCAGGCAUAAACACGCAAUGAAUAGAAUUAGGGGUGAAGGAGGAAGAUUCCAUUCUGGCUCUGUCAAAAAAUUAAAAGAAAGAGAAGAGUUACAACCUCAACAGCAUUCACAUACUCUGUUAAGAGGGAGACUACAAGGAUUGGCUGUAGCGAAUGCUACACAUAUAGCGACAGCUGAUUUAGAACCUUCUCUGAUGAUAGAGGGAAAUGGAGUUUUACCCGACCUGGUUGAUCCUCUUGCUGUGAGUGGUGAUUGAAUGAAAAAAGAACUUACAAAAUUUUAAUAAAAUGUUUACUAUCAACAGAUGUUAUUUAUUUUACUUCUAAAAUUGACUGUACAUAGUGAAUUAAUUUAUCUUUUUUUACCGAUUUAAUUUUUUUUCCAUUUGAAGGUUAUGCGUGUAAAUAUUUUACUUUUUGAUGUAUUAAUUUUUUUUUAAAUUGUCAAAUAAAAUUUUUAUGCUUAGAUUUAAAAGAAAUUGAGACAUUAGUGUAUUAUAUAUUGAAUUUAUGUAAAUUGGUUUUUCCUAAAUAGAGGAAUGAAUCAUCCUCAAAUUUGUAUAAUAUAUUUUAGGUGAGAAUGUAAGAAAUCAAUAUAAUUUUUGUAAAUUAAA